ACUUCUCUGGUGUUCCCUCCCUCCCUCAGAGGGAGAACUGUAUCUGCCUGGGUACCUUUAUUCCUCAGCAACGCCCUCCUUGGAACACCUCUGUCUUGGCACUCUCUUUCUUUGACUUUCUUUCCUUCUCUAUCUCUCUCUACCCUUGCCCCCUUUCUCUCUUUCUUUCGCUCUCCUUCUCCUCCCUCUGAGAAGAAGCUGUCACGCUUGGAACAUUUUCCAGUCCAGUGCCGAAAAGGUCACUCUAAAAAGAGGCCUCUUUCUCAGCUGGAGAGUCAACAUUUAGCUCUGCGCUCGUCUACUCGGGUCUGCGCCAUGCCAGCCUUCCUGAGGAUCAGUUUCUUGAGUUUUGAGUUGGACCCAGGACUGGCGUAUUAUGAGGAGGUCCUCAACCCGUACUGUGCUGUGUCCCUGAAGGAGGAGGUAGAGACAGACAAGGGGCAAGCGUACGUGCAGAAGGGACCCACCAUGUUCCCUCCCUGGGGCGCCACCUUCGACGCCCGCGCCCACGCCGGCUGCAUGAUGCACGUGGUGGUGAUGGACGACACGGCCGAUCUGAGGUCGGAGGUCAGCGUGCAGCUGCAGGGGCUGGCCGUACGCUGCAGGAAGGGGAGCGGCAAGCUGGAGACCUGGGUGGACCUGACGCCUCAGGGUCGAUUGCAGAUGGAAGCCAGAUACUUUAUGGAGAAGAGCGACAGAACGGGACGGGGGGACGAAGCGGCGGAGGAGGCGGACCGAGAGAGUCUGUUCGCCCUGCACCAGAGGCACGGCGCCAUCAAGCAGGCCAAGGUCCACGAAGUGAAGAGCCACGCCUUCACGGCCACCUUCUUCCCCCAGCCCACCUUCUGCUCCGUCUGCAAGGAGUUCGUCUGGGGUCUCAAUAAACAAGGCUAUCAGUGCAGAGAGUGCAACGCCGCCAUUCACAAAAAAUGCAUCGACAAAGUGAUCGCACUCUGCACAGGGACAGCUGCUAACAGCAACGAGACCAUGAUCCACAAGGAGCGGUUUAAGAUCGACAUGCCCCACAGGUUUAAAGUGUACAGCUUCAAGAGUCCGACCUUCUGUGAGCACUGCGGGACACUGCUGUGGGGGCUGGCCAAGCAGGGCCUCAAGUGUGACGAGUGCAGUAUGAAUGUCCAUCACAAAUGUCAUAAGAAAGUGGCCAACCUGUGUGGGGUCAACCAGAAGCUGAUGGCCGAAGCAUUGGCCAUGAUUGAGAGCUCCCAGCAGGCCCGAAACUCUAGGGAGACUGAUAUCAUCAGCUUGGGUGGUUCAGCACUGGUCAGAGAUCCGUCAGGAUGUGUCCAGUGCUUCUCCGUCCCUGCUAUGGGACGGAAAGAGCCCCCGGAAACUUCGCAGGGCGGCAUCACGCCGAAUGUAUCACCACAUUUGCGCCCCGUGAUCCCGAAGUUCGCCAUCGACAGCUUCGUCCUACACAAAACGCUGGGGAGAGGCAGCUUUGGCAAAGUAUUUCUGGCAGAAUACAAGCUCACAGGCCAGUUUUUUGCUAUAAAAGCUCUGAAGAAGAACGUUGUUGUGAUGGGUGACGAUGUGGAGAGUACCAUGAUGGAGAAGAGGGUCCUGUGUCUCGCCUGGGAGAAUCCUUUUCUCGCUCACCUGUACUGCACUUUCCAAAGCAAGGAAAACCUCUUCUUUGUAAUGGAGUACCUGAGUGGAGGUGAUCUCAUGUACCACAUACAGCACUGUCGCACAUUUGACCUGCAGAGAUCAACGUUCUAUGCGGCUGAAAUUGUAUGUGCCCUCCAGUUCCUCCAUUCCAAAGGGAUCAUAUACAGAGACCUGAAAUUGGAAAACAUACUGCUGGACAGCGAAGGACACAUCAAGAUCUCAGAUUUCGGGUUGUGUAAGGAGAACGCGCUGGGAGAAGCAAGGGCGUCCACCUUCUGUGGGACACCAGACUUCAUUGCACCUGAGAUCGUGCUGGGGCAGAAGUACGGGAGCUCGGUGGACUGGUGGUCCUUCGGGGUGCUGCUGUACGAGAUGCUGAUCGGCCAGCCUCCCUUCUCCGGGCGGAAUGAGGAGCAGCUGUACCGGUCCAUCCGCACGGACUCCCCCUUCUACCCCCACUGGCUGGAUCAGGACGCCCGUGACAUCCUGGUCAAGCUGUUUGUGCGGGAUCCAAAGAAGAGACUAGGGGUGAAGGGGAACAUUAGGGAGCACUCUUUUUUCCAGGAUAUCGAAUGGACUGCUCUGGAGAACCGACAGGUGGAACCGCCGUUCCGACCCCUAGUGAAAUCUCCAGACGACUGCAGCAACUUUGAUAUGGAGUUCACCAGCGAAAAGCCGAGGGUGUCCCACGCGGACUAUAUCCUGAUCAACAGCGUGGACCAAACCGUGUUCAGCAACUUCUCCUUUGUCAACCCCAAGAUGGACUGUGCCAGGAAGCCCUGACACGCUCAGCGCUGUCACAGACGGGCAAUGAAAGCAGUGAGCUAGUAGUGCAGGGUUCUCUACCCCGCUGAAGAACCAUUCACUGUUUUUAUUGUGUCACUGCGAACCAACACCUGAUGAGGAUCUCAGCUUCAUGGGGUCAAUGAUGGGCAAUCAGUAUCUGUGUUUCCAGCUGAACUUCAGCAUCAAGCAAUGCAUAAACUGGUCAUAGUCACCUAAAACAUGAAACAUCACAGAUGUUCGCUAGUCAAUUUGUAAUCAGCCCUCCGUUGAAUUGUAUUGUAUUAGAUGUUCUUGCUCAUGGUUUUUUUUUAGGGGGGGUUUGCUCUUGAAAAAUGCUGCGAGUGAGAGAAAGCCGCUCGAAUGGCUGCACAUCCCUGUGUAUCUUUGGAAUUUAUUUAUAGACAUUACCUUCAGGUAUGGAUGCUUGUAGAAUAUACAGCCUGUUGUUAGAUCUUCCACAGAGACCCAUUUAGUCAGUGUUCGGAUGAGUCACCAGUGUAAGAGCUGAGAGGUUAGAAAGGUUUGAGAGCCACAGAGGCCCUCAGGGGACUAACUCACCUCCACCCCCCUCCCCCGCCACUCACCGCAGAGAGAGAGAGCGCUCCCCCAACGUCAAACCGCGGCUUUGCUCUGAGUCACGACCGUGC